UCUUUACGCUUUAUUUUAUAUCACGGUGUAUUUUGCAUUUCCUUUACAAUUUGUCAUUUUUCAUGGUAUAUUUUGUAGAUUAAAGGGGUUAGAUUUUAAAAUAUGGGUGAUAAAAGUGAAAAACCCUUGUCUACAGGGACAUCGAAAAAGAAAAGGGAUGAAAAGAGUUCUCGAAGGGACCCAAGGUCAUGGGAGAAUGUAACCAAACACAUAAUUAAUUUUUCUGAUGAAGAUAAAAUGAAAUAUAUAUCUGAAAAAUAUGUCGACAUGUAUAACGAGCUACGAAAAGUGGUGAAAACUUUCCAAAAUAUGGAGAAAUCCUAUACUGUCUUGCAGAAAGAAAAGGAUCAGCUUCAAGGUGAACAAACUAGAUCUAUUUUAGCUAAAGCUACAUUGGAAAGCCUGUGUAGGGAGCUUCAGAAGCAAAAUAAACAAAUUAAGGAGGAAAAUAUUCAGAGGCUUAAGGAGGACGAAGAGAAACGUAAGGAGGUGGCGACAAAAUUCACAGAGAAACUGAAUGACAUAAGUCAGAUGAUGGAGGAAAAUAAGGAUAAAAGUUGGAAGUUGAGGGAUGAAAACAUCAAAAUGACUACAAAAUUGUCUGAUUUGCAUCAACAAUUUAAAGAGAGGGAUGAUAAUUUGGCCAAAAUGAAUAAACAAAUGGAGUUGAGCCAACAAUUAUCAGCAGCCCAAAUUCAAAAGUUAGAGUUCGAGUUGAAUACAGAGAGGCAAAUUUGGGCGAAAGAAAAGGAGAUUUUAAAGACCAACUUGAAGAUAUCAGAAACUAAUUGUAAAACGUUAGAAGAGACAGUGGCUGAUUUAAAAAGUCAUGUGGAAGUUUACCGCGGCCAAUAUUCAGAUUUUGAAACCACCAUGAGCAAAAGCAAUAAAAUUUUCGAGAAUUUCAAAACUGAAAUGAGCAAGAUGAGCAAAAAAGUCACCCUGCUUGAAAAGGAGUCCAACCAGUGGAAAGCCAGAUAUCAGGCAGGUGCUUCGACGUUGCUUGAAGUAUCCCAACUAAAUCAACAGCAAAACUUCGAAAUCAAAAGGUUUGAAGGCAGGCUUGCCACGUUGUCAAAACUGUGCCGCCAGUUGCAAAUCGACAGGGCUGCUUUCUUGAAGCAGCUUAAAAUGAAUAACAUUGAACCUGUUGAGUCUGCAGUUGAGGAGGUGCAGCCAGAGAAACCUGUAAUCGCCGAGGAACUUAUUACAAAGCCAAAAAAACACCCUGAAACCAAAAAGGAGAAGGAGCUAGUUAAACUGAAGCAAGACCUGGAAGUUUUACAGGAACAAUUGCAGAACACAAUAUUGAAUGAAGCAGCCGAAAAGAAUGGAAACAGCCAAAAACCAGAACCAGAAAACCUUCCGACUGAAGAGACUACAACUGAGACUGUGGAUGACAACACAAAAAUCAGUGAACCAGCAGACAUCCAAACAGACUGAAAAACUGUGAUCUUUUUUAGUCCAUUUGUUAAUUUGUUGUGAUUGUUCAUAUGGUGGGGCAAGAUUUUUAUUUUAGUUUUUUAGCUUGCCAUUUUGUUCCUGAUCACUCGGAAAUUAUUUAUUUUCUAAUCUACUGUUUGCGUUACUUAAUUUUGUCUUUUUUCGAAUAAACGUACUAAAAACGAA